GAGUCGCUGGCCCUUCUCCCUUCCGUACCCCCUGCCCCGUUCUGUACCAGAGCUCGACCUCAACCCUCCAUCCUUGAAUGUUAGGGACAUCGCUCCUCCCUUGCCCAAAGAGGGGUUUCGCAGCCCCGCCCACCCUGGGCGCCUGAAGGUCUCAAGGUGCGGGUCUUAAGUAUCCCCAAAUCCUUGUCUGGGCCUAUUCUAGGCUGGCAUCGAAUGGGCCAGUGCUGGUUUCUGUGCCCCAGUUUUCCCUCCUAGACAGUGACGGGGUUGGUUGGAUCUUUGAGGACCCUUUCAGCUGUGAUGUCCUCUAAGUUCCCGCUUGACUUUCACCCCUGAAUCCGAAAGAGUCGAGUUUGACGGCGAUUCCUGGGAAAGAAGGGGAGUGAAGGAAGCCUCCUUCGCGCCCACCCCCUUAACCCCCCCACCUCAUUAUCAGCAAUCAGAAGUGCCCUACCAAGUGGCUCGUCCCACUAGCUGUGACCUCGUGUUUUCUCCAAGUUAAGACACCGAACAAGGAACAGAGUUUGAGUCGCCCUCCCGCCCAUCCGCUUCUGUAUGCUCAUCUUUUCAGGUAAAAGAUUGUCCUCAACCCCCUUGGAAAUCCUGUUCUUUCUAAACGGGUGGUAUUAUGCUACCUAUUUCCUGCUGGAGCUCUUCAUAUUUCUAUAUAAAGGUCUCCUGCUACCAUAUCCAACGGCCAACCUAGUACUGGAUGUGGUGAUGCUCCUCCUUUAUCUUGGAAUUGAAGUAAUUCGACUGUUUUUUGGUACAAAGGGAAACCUCUGCCAGCAAAAGAUGUCACUUGGUAUUAGCAUGGCUUUGACCUUCCCAUCUGCCAUGAUGGCCUCCUAUUACCUGCUGCUGCAGACCUACGUGCUCCGCCUGGAAGCCAUCAUGAACGGCAUCUUGCUCUUCUUCUGUGGCUCAGAGCUGCUACUUGAGGUGCUCACCCUGGCCGCUUUCUCCAGUAUGGACAGGAUUUGAAGUACAAAAAUUUCAGCCAGCAGCCCAUCGGGCAGACACCACACAUACUUCUGGUACUUCAGUCACACCAGUGAGAAUUGGUGGGUCAAGUUGUCCUGGGAAAGGUUGUGCAGCACAGACAUUUGGGCAACCAACCUAGCAUAAGGCCAGUGGGCACCAUCUUCUAAACCAGGACCAUCAGCCCAAGAGACUCUUCUGCACUCCAGUAUAGGGAGGGGCAAGGCUAUCCCCAUCCUGGCCCUUCUCAGAACCAAUUCCCUGCUGACCUCCAGUUCACCUCUUUGAUCGUCGUGGCUAGAACAUCUUGUGUGGACCAUCUAGGCUCCUUGGGCUUCCAGCAGGACUUGAGCCACAUGACCCCUGUAUGUGCUGUGCCAUACUUGUCCUGCAUGAGCACGGAGAGCCUCGUGUUGGUGGGCUCCCAGAGUGAUGCAAAAGCCUCGCACCGCAUUCCUCAAGGAGACUGAGCUCCAGAACUUUUUUAGUAGCUCAUAGUGCUAUUUUUCUAUUCUCAUCAUGAAACAAACAUUAUUUUAUAAUAAAUAUGUAUUUUCUGUUG